UCUCUCGGGGCCGGCUCGGGAGUCUAGCCACCGCGGGAGCCGCCGCCGCCGCCACUAGCCAGGCAUGGCCAUGGCGUCCCCGGCCAUCGGGCAGCGCCCCUACCCGCUACUCUUGGACCCCGAACCGCCGCGUUAUCUGCAGAGCCUGAGCGGCCCGGAAUCGCCGCCGCUGCCGCCGCCCCCCAGCCGCUCCUCGCGCCGCUGCGUCCCCGCUCCCCUCUCCACCGCGCCCGGGGCGCACGAGGGGCGCGGCGUCCGGAGGGCUGCCCGGGGGGACCCCGAUCCUCAACCCCGGGCCUCCAGACCCGCUCGCCCUCUCCGGCCUGGUCUGCAGCAGAGACUGCGGAGGCGGCCUGGGGCGCCCCGGCCCCGCGACGUGCGGAGCAUCUUCGAACAGCCGCAGGAUCCCCGCGUCCCGGCGGAGCGAGGCGAGGGGCACAGCUUCGCCGAAUUGGCGCUGCGGGGCGGCCCCGGUUGGUGUGACCUAUGCGGAGGAGAGGUGCUGCGGCAGGCGCUGCGCUGCGCCAACUGUAAAUUCACCUGUCACCCGGAGUGCCGCAGCCUGAUCCAACUGGACUGCAGUGAGCAGCAGGGCCCAGCCCGGAACAGACCCUCUCCAGAAAGCACCCUCGCCCCAACCUUUGGCCAGAAUGUCUGUAAGUCGGUGGAAGAGACGCGCCGCCCACCCACGCUGCAGGAGAUCAAGCAGAAGAUCGACAGCUACAACAGCAGGGAGAAGAACUGCCUGGGCAUGAAGCUGAGCGAAGAUGGCACCUACACGGGUUUCAUCAAAGUGCAUUUGAAACUUCUGCGGUCCAUGGCAGUGCCUGCUGGGAUCAGGCCCCAGUCCAUCGAGGAUGCCAUCAAGGAAGUGAACCUGGCAGCCACCACAGACAAGCGGACAUCUUUCUAUCUGCCAUUGGAUGCCAUCAAACAGCUUCACAUCAGUAGCACCACCACAGUCAGUGAGGUCAUCCAGGGGCUGCUCAAGAAGUUUAUGGUUGUGGACAAUCCCCAGAAGUUUGCACUUUUUAAGCGGAUACACAAGGAUGGUCAAGUGCUCUUCCAGAAACUCUCUGUUGCUGACUGCCCUCUCUACUUGCGUCUCCUUGCUGGGCCCGACACAGAUGUCCUCAGCUUUGUGCUAAAGGAGAAUGAAACUGGAGAGGUGGAGUGGGACGCCUUCUCCAUCCCUGAGCUCCAGAACUUCCUAACAAUCUUGGAAAAGGAAGAACAGGACAAAAUCCAGCAAGUGCAGAAGAAGUAUGACAAGUUUAGACAGAAAUUGGAGGAGGCUUUAAGAGAAUCCCAGGGCAAACCUGGGUAACUGGUCUUGCUUCCUCUCCUCCCAAUGCCCACAGAUUUAUUUUUAUUAUUAAUUAUUAUUUUGCAACAGACACUUUUUCUCAGGACAUCUCUGGUGGGUUCAUCUGUACCCGCCUCAUGGUUCCAGAUGCGGCACAAAGUCUCUUCCAUGGACAAGUGUCUGUGUGGGGGUUGACUCCUGUCCACCCCCCAUGCUGUGCCCCUCAACAGACUCCACCAAGGAUCAGAACUCAUGAGAUGGACAACAUUGGCAUCUCUCAAGCUGCAGGCCUUUCACUGACCAAAUAGUUGCCUCUUUUGU